AUGAAUUAACAAAUCGCAAUUCUUUAUCAGCUUCAGGAAACAGGUUCAGGAAAGUUAUAUCUUGCAGAAGAGAAAGUUUAAAAUAAUGUUUCAAUAAAAUAUUAUGCAUUUGAUUUAUAAUAACUUUAGAAUAAAGGAUAUUUAAUAGAAGAAGAUAAAUUUGUGAAAAAAUCUAAAAAACGAAGUUAUUUUAGAAACUAUUUGAAGAUGCAUUUGAAUCCUCCUUUAUUUUUAUUUGAGCAUUAUUUAGAUGGUGAUUUCUUAGAUUAAAAAAUAAUUGAGAAUUUCAGAAACAAAAAAUCAUUUGAAAAAACUGAAAUAUAAUCCUAUUUAAAACAGCUAUUAGAAGCCUUAUUUUAACUUCAUUAAACUUCAAUCCCAGGAAGAUUAUUUUCAGUCUAAAAUAUUCUACUUAUAAAAUCAACUUAAAAAAUUGUUCUAAUGGAUUUUGGAUUUGGUCCUAAUAUUAAACAGGAUAAUUUAGAUAUUUUAGCACCCCCAGAAUUUUUGGAAAAAUUAAUUCAAAAAAAUAGUAUAAAUUUUUUAUAAUGUAGGUGAUAAUUUAUUGGAAUUUGAUCUAAAAUUUGAUUCUUGGUUAGUAGGAGCAUUCUUAUAUAACUUAAUAAAACUGAGAUCAAUAAAUUAUUUUGAAGGAAAAUUAAAUUACUAAGAUCGUUGUAAAUAUGAUUAAUUAGAACAAUAUUAUGAAUAUUUAAAAAAAAUUGAAUUUAUUGAAUGUAAAACUUAGAGAUACAAUCCAAUAUUAUGUGAAUUUGUAUAGAGUUUAUUGACAUGCAAUAAAGACAAAAGAUUAUCGUUUUUUGAUAUCUAUUAACAUCCUUAUGUUAGAAGUCUUUAAAUUGAUGGAAUAAAAGAAUAUGAAGAUUUUUAUUCAAAAUAAAAAGAUAUUAUUGAUUACUUCAAAAUAGCGAUAGAGAGUGAUAAAUUAAAUAUGCCACUAGAUUCUUACAACAAUUCUAAUUAAUCUUCAGCAUCUAAUUCCUCUUAAAAUAGUAGGUAAACUUAACAAUAAAGAGUAAAAAUAACUGAAAUAAUUUAAUCUCUUGAUUAUUGCAGUGUCAUUAUGAAAUAACCUUUUUUUUCUAAUAAAAGAUUUGAUAGCUUUUGGCUUAAAAUUUAAUUAGAUUAUUUGAAAUGUUAUAUAUUAGCUGAUACAGAACAGAAAAUACUAAGUUUAUUUCCAAAAUAUAAAUUACCCUUUGAUUAAGUUAUUGCAUAUUAUAUUAAGAAAAUGCAUUAUCUUGUUUUAAAAGAAAUAAAUUUUUAUUUGAAUUCAGAUACUUAUCAAAAUAAAUCUGAUCAAGAUUGGGAGAGCUUUUUAUUAUAAUAUUAAAAAGAAUUAUUAAAACAAGAAGAAGUUAUUUAAUAUUUAGAAAAUUUAAAAAAAGACUUAAUAUCUAUAUUUAAUUUGCAUUGUAAUUUAAGAGAUUAAUCUAAAAUUCCUGAAAAACUAAGAACAUUUAUACAUGAUGAUCAAUCUAGAAAUCUUAAUAUUAAUAUAAGUUCUAUAGAAUUUUAUGUAUAAGGUUAUUCAGAAGCUGUUGAUUUGUUACGAUAAAAUAUAUAUUAAUUAAUAAUAUCAGAUGAAAAAAAUUAAGAAUUAUUUAAGUUCAUGAAUUAAAUUAGCCUUUGUGUAUCAAUUACUACUUCUUUUAAUUAAGAAACAUUCUAGGAAUAAUUUUAAGGACUGUAUAAGGAAAAUGAAACAGUUAAACCUAAAGAUCUAGUAAAUUAUAUUAAAUUUGGAGAUUAAAAGAAAUGA